CUGCUCAAGUUCCUGCUGGUGGGCGACAGCGACGUGGGCAAGGGCGAGAUACUGGAAAGCCUGCAGGACGGCGCGGCCGAGUCCCCGUACGCCUACAGCAACGGGAUUGACUACAAGACAACCACCAUCCUACUGGACGGCCGUCGCGUCAAGCUGGAGCUCUGGGAUACGUCGGGCCAGGGCAGGUUCUGUACCAUCUUCAGGUCCUACUCCAGGGGCGCACAGGGAAUCCUCCUGGUAUAUGACAUUACCAACCGCUGGUCCUUUGAUGGCAUUGACCGGUGGAUCAAGGAGAUAGAUGAGCAUGCACCUGGGGUUCCUCGGAUUCUGGUUGGGAACCGGCUGCACUUGGCCUUCAAGCGGCAAGUGCCAACAGAGCAGGCUCGUGCCUAUGCAGAGAAGAACUGCAUGACCUUCUUUGAGGUCAGCCCCCUGUGCAACUUCAACGUCAUCGAGUCCUUCACAGAGCUGUCUCGCAUCGUGCUCAUGCGGCAUGGGAUGGAGAAGAUCUGGAGGCCCAAUCGAGUGUUCAGCUUGCAGGAUCUCUGCUGCCGUGCCAUCGUCUCCUGCACUCCUGUACAUCUCAUCGACAAGCUUCCACUGCCUGUCACUAUCAAGAGCCACCUCAAGUCCUUCUCAAUGGCAAAUGGCAUGAAUGCUGUCAUGAUGCAUGGCCGUUCCUACUCCCUGGCCAGCGGGGCCGGAGGCAGCAGCAGCAAAGGCAACAGCCUUAAGCGGUCCAAGUCUAUCCGUCCCCCGCAGAGCCCUCCCCAGAACUGCUCUCGGAGCAACUGCAAGAUCUCCUAGCAGUGCCAAUGGGGAUCACCUGUGCAGACUCUGGCGGCUCACCGGGGCGCUCCUGACCAGGUACUAGGCCCUGCUGUGUGUGAGGACUUGGCCACACAGCCCUGCCUAGGAAACACCAGGUUUUCUCCACACCUGUCCUGGGUGGAGAGGAGGAGUGUGUAGGAGAACAUGCUCUGUAAACUGGCAGAAGGGCCUGUGGGCAGCUGGGCUGCUGGUGCUACAAGGCCCUGAUCUGAACCAACCUCCGAUGCCAUAGCUACCUGGGCUUGGGCCAGGAGGAACCCUAGCUCCCCUUUCUUAUUUAUACAGAGAACAUUUCACCCAUUUUGUAUUUUAAAGGGCUGUCAGGAAAGCCUGGAUGCAACCAUGUGGUGAAGUGGCCUCUCCAGGGUCACAGGCACGGGGCAAGUUCCACAUGUGUACGGAAGGAUGGAUUUAAGGCAGUGGUAGAAGGAAUGGGCGAAGUUGGAUGAUUUUUGGAUUUGCAUAUACUUUGCCUGAGGUCUGGGAGGUACACAGGGGCCAGUGGGGAACAGAUGGGCACAGGCACCCUCCAGAAGCUUCUGGCAGUGAUCUUGGCCCCAGCUUCAUUUUUGACCAGGGUGGUCAGUGUGCUACAGCCAAGAAUGUAGCUCUUGCCAUCCCUUUACAGAUGUCAUCCCUGUACAUUGGAGCUCUCAAAACUCAGGAGAGGGAGAAAGUAGGAUAUACGCCAUCUGCCACUCGAUAGCUCCCUCUCAACUGUGACUUGACAACUUUGGUGAUGUUUACUACACAGACUCAGAUCAGCACCUCCAGGUUGAGGACGCAGAGCUAUUUGCAGACUUGUGAAAUGGGGCCACAGCCUAUGCUCCUGUGGUGGCGUCUGAGUCACUUGACAACACUGUCCAGCUUCCUGGUCUUCGCAGCUUGUGCUCAUCAACCUCAGCUGUGUACCUGUAGCUGUUCCUUGCCUGACGUGGCCCUUCUCCCCAGGAGCUCACAUACUAUUGGAACUGUUUCUUAGUGUCACAGCCUGGAACAGCAGCCUCAUCUACUCUGUGGGCAGGGAUGGAUACUAACCCUCUCAAGGAACCAUCGGCCAGCCCCUAUGCUGAAGCAUAGCAAGGUCUGGUCAUCUUGCCCCUCUUGAAGCCAUGGAAAAAUCCUCCACAGUGCUCCUCCUGCUUCUCUGUGCCCUGGGCAGCCCUCUCCACGGGGACAUCACCUUCUGCCUCUGCCUGCUCUCUGUCCUGGCCUGGUGACAAAGCCAGGUGCUUUACACUGGUGCUCAACUCUUCCUCCUGCCCUCUGGCCCAUGGCCACAGCAGGAACCCUGUCCAGGCCAUGGCCCCUCUCACCCAGGACCCUCAUAGUGUAUGUGUCCUGAGAUGGUUCUGCUGUGGGUGGACAUACAGCACCAUGGCCCAUUCUGUAAAGUGAGUCAUGCCACCAGGAAAAGGGCUAUGGCUGUGUGAGCUGCCUGAUACCAGUGGCUUCCUGGCCCUGAGGCUGACCACAGGCAGGUUGGGCAGAGGAAUCCUGCCCAUCGAACUUCAUCUUUCCCCCACACACCUGUCCUGCUACUGCCAGCAGGGCCCUUCCUUUGAAAUCAUGAACAAAAUCACACAGACUUUGUUUUGAGGAUCUGUGUGGUCCUGUGUGCACAGUAUCAACACUACCCCGCUGCUGUCGGACUCCAGCAUUCCUGGGUUCUUUGAACUGUUCUUACUUAAUUGUACAGUAAAUCUAAUUCAACUGUGA